CCAGCCUGUUACUUUCUGAAUUAUUGGAUUUUUCGUUCGCAUGUGUGUGUUUGUGUGUGCGCACCGUUGAUGGACUGCUUCCUGACUUUCACUGAAGGUUACUGUAGCCGCUGUCCCAAGGCCAGAGAAGUUUACAAGCCUCACCUUUUGCUGUGUUCAAUGCUGUAUACCUGCAACCCAAGGGCACUAUAUAUUUGUGCUUAAUUAUGUCUUCUGGUUCGGAUACCAGCAGCACUCAGGAACCUAUAAAACAUGGGCUUCUUCCAGGCGGAAUUUUGCCUGUCUGGCUAAAGGGGUACACCCCAGCACUGACAAAGGAGGAAAGAAAACCAGCUAGCAAUGAAGCCAGCUAGUGUCUCAGUUUAAAAUGGUGAAUUACUCUUAUGAUGAAGAUCUUGAAGAACUGUGUCCAGUCUGUGGAGAUAAAGUGUCUGGAUAUCACUAUGGACUCCUUACCUGUGAAAGUUGCAAGGGAUUCUUUAAGCGAACAGUCCAGAACAACAAAAGGUACACAUGCAUAGAAAAUCAAAGCUGCCAAAUUGACAAAACUCAAAGAAAGCGCUGCCCUUAUUGUCGGUUUCAAAAAUGUCUAAGUGUUGGGAUGAAGUUGGAAGCCGUGAGAGCUGACCGAAUGCGUGGGGGUCGGAACAAAUUUGGACCCAUGUACAAGAGGGACAGGGCACUGAAGCAGCAGAAGAAAGCUCUCAUCCGAGCAAAUGGACUCAAAUUAGAAGCCAUGACUCAGGUGAUUCAAGCAAUGCCGACUGACCUAACAAUAUCUUCUGCUAUCCAGAACAUCCAUUCUGCCUCCAAGGGCCUACCUCUGAACCAUACAGCCUUGCCUCCCACAGACUAUGACCGAAGCCCUUUUGUAACCUCUCCAAUUAGCAUGACAAUGCCACCGCAUGGUAGCCUACAAGGUUAUCAGAGCUACAGUCACUUUCCAAGCCGUGCUAUCAAGUCUGAGUACCCUGAUCCUUAUACUAGCUCUCCAGAGUCGAUAAUGGGCUACUCUUACAUGGAUGGUUACCAUCAGACCAGCUCGCCAGCAAGUAUUCCUCAUCUGAUUUUGGAACUCCUGAAGUGUGAGCCAGAUGAGCCUCAAGUCCAGGCUAAAAUUAUGGCCUACUUGCAGCAAGAGCAGGCCAACAGAAGCAAGCAUGAAAAGCUCAACACUUUUGGGCUUAUGUGCAAAAUGGCUGACCAAACCCUCUUCUCAAUUGUCGAGUGGGCCAGGAGUAGCAUAUUCUUCAGAGAACUUAAGGUUGAUGACCAAAUGAAGCUGCUUCAGAACUGCUGGAGUGAACUCUUAAUUCUAGAUCAUAUUUAUCGGCAAGUGGUACAUGGGAAAGAAGGCUCCAUCCUUCUAGUCACUGGGCAACAAGUGGAUUAUUCCAUAAUUGCAUCUCAAGCAGGCGCCACCCUCAACAGCCUCAUGAGCCAUGCACAGGAGCUGGUAGCUAAACUACGAUCUCUGCAGUUUGAUCUUCGAGAAUUUGUGUGUCUCAAAUUUUUGGUGCUGUUCAGUUUAGAUGUCAAAAACCUAGAGAACUUCCAGCUGGUGGAAGGUGUUCAAGAGCAAGUGAAUGCUGCUUUGCUGGACUAUACAAUGUGCAACUAUCCACAGCAGACAGACAAAUUUGGGCAGCUUCUCCUGCGACUCCCAGAAAUCCGGGCGAUCAGUAUGCAGGCUGAAGAGUAUCUCUACUACAAACACCUAAACGGGGAUGUGCCAUGUAAUAACCUUCUCAUUGAAAUGCUGCAUGCAAAAAGAGCAUAAAUUAUAGCCUAUGAUACAGCUUCUGCUUUUCAGAAAAGAUUUUAAAAAAUACUCUAAAGUUCUCCAAGUGACACUAAUUGGAAUAACUUGGUUUAAAGAAACUUUGCAAAAAAAAUUAAUGUUAUAAUAAUCAAAUACUUAAUAGUAAAUAAGUAAUGUAUCAGGGUAUUUGCAAUGCCAACUGUGAAUCAAAUGCUACACAGUCUCCCUAGAGGAACUUGUAUAGGACUUUACCACUGGAAUGAAAGGAGAUUUACAAGUGGAAAGGCUACCAUCAUCAUUGUCAAUCAAGGCAAAAAAAAAAAAAAAGGGAAGGAAAGGAAAGGAAAGGAAAGGAAAAGAAAGGAAAGGAAAGGAAAGGAAAGGAAAGGAAAGGAAAGGAAAGGAAAGGAAAGGAAAGGAAAGGAAAGGAAAGGAAAGGAAAGGAAAGGAAAGGAAAGAACAAUUCUUAUAAGUUAAAAAAAAACUUUGCCAGUUACCACUAUGGAGAAAUUUAGGAGCAAGUUUUAUCUGUGUUAUUCAGCUAACAUUUCAAGGGGAUCUGCAUGCACUACAACCCUUCACUGGUUAGCAGGACUGAAAACACCUCUAAAGGAAGGAAGCAACACUGCAGUUUCCCUGUGCCAUCUUUCCAAAGACUGAAUUCUUAUUUCUCCUUCCAAAAGGAACAUGUGGCACCCAUCUAUAUUAAAAAUCUGGAGUAAGCCACACACGCGCGUGCACACACACACACACACACACACACAAAGUGUCACAAGCAAGCAAAUAAAUGCAGCCUGGAUUUUCGGUAGUCUGUGACUCUGACCUGCAGAUAACAAACAAGAGAAAAUAAUUUUGUUCGUACGGUUAGCGUGACAUUCUUAAUAUGUUUUCUAAGGUUGCUUUUGUCAUUGUGUUCAUGUUGUUCAGCCAGGCAGUAUCCCUCUUCCACCCAUGGCCAAUUAUUGGAAGUCAGCUGCUCCAAAGCAAUUGAUGGUGGACCUUAAUUCCAGGCUCAACUCAUACAUUACUGGAAUGGCUUCUCAAAGCUUUUAGUGCCAGAUCGGCUUGUGGCUACUAUCUGACCACUGCCUAAAAUAAAACAUUAUUACUUCAAGCAGUAGCAUCUCUUUACUUGUCACACUUGAACCCAGUCUAGUACUUGGAUUUAAGAGAAUUCAGGUUAGUGAAUUCAAAUCAUAUCCCACUGUCAAUCUUCACUGUGACUUUUUCUUUUCCCACAUAUUUCUCAGUUGGGGGUUAUUCACAAACCAUCUGCAUGUGCAGCUCAAGAGCAGGCUAGCGUGACUUUGGAGUCUUCAGUUCAAGGGCAGACAGUACAGUAGCCCUGUAUAAUCACCAUCAGCAUCCUGAUUGUCCUGCUUGGCCUUCAUAGCUAAGAAUAAAAGCUAUCUAGAUGGCUAUACUGGUAGGCUGAAUUCACAUUGACUGUCUGACUAAUAAAACCAGCUACUGACAGCUAACCAGAACUGGGGCUUGGGAAAAAAAAAUGAAUGUCAGAAGAAGGCACUUUCAGAUUUAAGGGACCCAUCCUCAGAUUGUUCUCCUGGGGCUCUUCUCUAAUUUUAGCAGACCCAUGGGUCAAAGCUUAACUCUUGGCAAUGGAAGGGGCAUGAUAUUAAAUUUCAAUUAACUUUUGUGGGAGGAUUGGGAGGAAGAGGCAUUGUGAGAAAUUUAAAAUAGCCAACAAUAUGCAGGUCCUGCUGAGGCACUGAGAACUGGAAGAUGUUUAAGGGUGCUAGUUGCAGAAGCUAGAUGUGGCUUCUGAACUGGUCCAGCCAAUUUUUGGUUUCAACACACAUUUGUCCAAAUCUAAACAUCCUGAAUCUAGACAUGAUUAAAGAUGCUACUUUGGUCCUAACAUGUAUCCAUUUAUGCCCUCUCUAUAACCUGGUUUCUUCCUUCUGCCUUGAUCUGCUGGUCUGUAUCAGUGUUUCUCCUUCUUAACCUCACAUUCUUGAUGUAUUUUUUAAAGGUCCAGGACUUCCCUUACAUAAAGAGGCAAAACACAAAGUAAUACAAUACACAUUCUCUUGCCCAUUUCACCUUGUCCAUUCAGAAAACCAAGUUCUUCAGCUUUAUCUUACUUUGGAGUCAAAUUUCUUGAAAGUCAAUGACAAGUUAGUCCUAUUGAUACAAAUAGAUCAGCUAAUGAAAUCAAGCAGAUGGUUCAUAUUAAUUGUAGUUGGAAAAAUCUGCAUCCUUUUUGUUGGAACCAGAAAACAUAUUUUAAAACAACAAUUCAAGCAAAAACCUUUGGUGUGCUAAAUGAAGAGUGAUACUGCCUAAUCUAUGUAAACCAAAGUCCACUGCAGAACAAAUAUCAGAGGACAAAUAAUUUUAUCCAAAAUGAAGUUAUCAGUAUUAUAAAAUGUGCCACCAUAAUGAAAGCUUUGCCUUAUUUCAGAAUUCUGAAUAGUAACUGUACAAAUGUGGAUCAAUAUAUGUUUAGGGUGGAAGUAUUAAUACUUUAAAGUUUUGAAGAAAAUAAAAAAAUUAUUGUGUUUACAUUUGUGAGGUCCUGGUGGGUGGGAGGGAUCCCUUGAUAAUGUUGCAAAACCGUGAUUUCCUUAAUGUUCCUUUCUAGAUUGGUAACUAGUUUUACCAGUACUUAAUUACUGUAUGUCGUGAGACACUAAAAUCAGAAAAGGAAUCUCAUUUAUGUGUUAAUUGCUUUAUUUUUCUGUUUGGAUUAUUGGCUGUACAAUCACUUGUAGAAAUUGUAUCAAACUUCUAAUCCACAAACUUUGUUUGUUUGUUCAUUUGUUUUCAUGAAGAUUGCUGGCUUUUAAAUAGUUUAUUUAUAUUGUAUAACACCAUUUUCAUUGUAGACAAUUAUGAUGCUAAUUUAUUGUUCCUCGGUUUCAUCUUUAUAUAAAAAUAUAGGCAGAAUAAAGAAGCCAAAUAUAUGUGUUCAUUACAGCAUGUCUUCAACUCAUAGUUCACGGUUCAGGGACAUUCAUGGGUCUUUUCAGUUUAAAAUCAUUUUUUUUGAUUAAAUGUUUAUACAUUUUCAUAAUCCUAAAUGUUGUUUAUUUAAAAUCUAUUGUAAAUUUUGUGAUUUGCAUUUUUCUUUGUCUCAUGUGAACAGAGAGGUGCAUUCUUACCUGAACAUUUUUUUAAACAGUGGACAUUAAAUACCAAAGACAACACUUACGUCUGUCAUAUUAGUAUUAGAAUACUUUACCAUCAUGUGAAUUUGGUUGUUUUUAAAUGCCAGCCAUUUAAUGGAGAGGGGGCAGGAGAAACAGAGGAGAAGUCAUCUUUGCUCAUACAAAAGGAUAUUUCUCUGACCACAAAUAGUUCACGCUACCUUAUUUCUGCAAUUCCCGGCUAUUGAUAACAUGGGUAAUUCAGUCCUCUCUUACUGAGAGGCAACUUAAAAUGGAAAUCAAAGUAGCAGCCUAACAGCUAAGUCCCAGCCCCUUCAGUUCACUCUACAGAUGCAGAUGGGUUGGGCUUCUGUAUAUCCAUGCCAGACAGAAAGCAGUGAAAGAGGCUUCAGAAUAGGUGUGAGAAUCUACUGUUAAAAGAGAAAGCAAAGUCAGAAGUUUCACAAGGUAAGCCCAAGCCAUUGGCUGCAUGCGAUGUACCACUUAGUAUCCAAGCCCAUGAUAUAUUAAAUGAACUUUCUUGAUAGACUUCCUUGGUACCAAAAAGUCAAUUGUGUCACCUUAUCAAAUGUUGGAAAUAUCUCCAUCUUCAGUACCCUAAGUAUGUUAAUAGGGUUAAAGCAGUAUUGACAAUUAUUUCCUAAUUAUUCUAGAAAGGGUCUAGAACUCUUGCGCAUGCCAUUAAAGUGGGGAUGUGAGGCUGAGAAACUUUAGGAAGCCCAGUGCUCUGGAAUUCUCCAAUGGUUCUCCAGUGGCAGCUACUAACAGCUCUAUCUUAGGGAACUUAUGUUGAUAGUUCACUUUAUAUUUCCUAUAAAAGCAGGAAGAUUGCUUUAAAAAAAUCAAGUAAUCAUCUGUGGUAUUUAAGGUUAAUUAUAAAAUUAUUUAAUUCAGAUUUUUCACAUGGGUGUCUUGUAAAACCCUUUUUUACUGAAACACUAUGGCAGAUUUCACUUCAAAGCUGAAAACAGACUAACACCACUAACAGAGCACAAUUUUCAGUAGACACAACCAGAUCAUUCACGUGGAUAUUAAGGGCCAAGAAUGAUUAUUGGACAAAGUCACAAAUAAAUUAUCAUACACAUUAGCCUACAUCUGAGGUUCCAGAAAUUAAUCUGAUUGCCCAAGUUUGCAAAAUGAAUGUUAAUUGUUAACCACUUUGUAACAAGACAGUUAACUUACAGUUGCUUUAUUGAUUACAUAUUAGUAAAAGCAGACUAAAAUGCAAAGGUUUUGGCUUUGGCUGGUUUCUUAUCGUUGUUUCAGUGUUUGUAAUCAGACAACCUGUAGUGUCUGAAUAUUUGUAUUACCAAUAUGUUCCACAGCUACCUGGCAUUUGAAUCCAUGCAACUCUUUAAACUGUGCAGUUAGUUACUUGUUGAAGUUCUCUGAAUGUAUCUGUGAAGUUCAUGUUGUCUCAUGUCAGUCCUUGCCAGGAAUUUUCUCAACACUAAUGGAUUUUUAUUUCCAGUAUUUCAAUAAAUAUUAAUAUGGCCAUUCUGAUUACUUUAAAA